AUGCUUAACGGGAUUGCUAUGGUUAUCGCUAUCGCUUACGAUUUAAUUUUGUUAUUUCUGACCCCCGAAGGUUCAAAUACCUAUUACGCCUUUUAUGGCCCUAUUAAUGUCCCCACUGCUGGGGCACAGGAUGGAAUAGCGAGAUUGGACCAUGACCCAUCGCGCGGGCCCCGUGCGGAUUGGUGGGUGCUAACGAUUGCAGCUGCAGCCGGGACUAACGGGUUACCGUGCCUUCCGAAGCACAGAGGAACUCGAGAUAGAAGAUUUUUGGUCACCCAUUCAAUGACCGACCACUGCGAAAGUUGCUUAACUUCAACGAUUGUGGCCGAACGCGCUAACCACCCGCAUCAUUGUGCUCCUCAAACUAGACAGACGUCUUUGUUCUUGUGCUUACAUAAGAAGGAAAGGAAUGUGAACACAAAAGAAAGAAAAGAAAAAGCUAAGUCAUGCAAAUACAGGGGUUUAGGCUCCGAAUAUGAUUUUGUCCCAUUCGGUGUCGAGACCCUUGCUCCAUGGGGUCCUAGCGCUAUAAGGCUUUUUAAGGAUAUAGCAAAAAGUCGAGUCUUGAAACGCGACCAAAUGGCAGCCAGCAUGAAAUGCUGCCUGUUUGGUAUCUUAGUUUGUUUCAAUGUGAUGGUGUCCGACGUGGAAUCCUCACAGGAACUCAUAAAAAAGAUGAGUAUUAGUUUCUUGAAAGUCUUGCAGGAAUGUAAACUUGAGUUGUCCGUCCCUGAGGAAGUGCUGCAGAGUCUCAUGACGUUCUGGAACCAGGAUACUGAUCUGUCUCACCGUGAGCUGGGCUGCGUGAUCCUGUGCGUGGUCAGUAAACUGGAUCUCAUCGAGUUGGAAACUUACAAACUUCACCCUGACAACGCUAACGAAUACGUGAAAAAACACGGGGCAGACGACGAAACCGUAUCGCAAAUAAUGAAUAUACUCCGUGGCUGUGAGAUCAAAAAUGAAGCGAUCUCUGACCACUGCGACAGAGUCCGUGAAAUAGCCAAGUGUUUCCAUGGACAUAUGCACGAGCUCAAAUGGGCACCUAACAUGGAGGUCAUCAUAAACGAACUCGUGGCUACCAAAGCAAUUUGA